AUGUGGUUCAUGGGUGCAUGGCAUGGAAAGAAUCGACAUCUUGCUUCGCUGUCGAAAGCAGCCACAAGAAGUCGUUAUCGUUUCUUCGGUCACAUUAUGAGGAGGCUAGCAGGUCGCCUUGUUCAUUCUUCUUUGAAGAGCUCUUCUGAGUUCAAGAGGGAAGCCACAAUGGAACUUUUGGAGAGACGUGAUGAAGGAGCGCUUGAGAACAAUUAA